GGUUCCAAUAACUCCAAACAUAUACAUACACGCUCUUGUAUGUAUACAUUCACAUAGAGUACACAAUAUAAUUUCACAUCUCUUUCCAAGUAGGAAGGAGUGUUAGCAAUUCUCGAAGCAAACGAUCUCACAUCAUCCUCCUCCUUGCUUCAGAUCUCUCCUUUCUUCUAUUUAAUCACAAACAGGGAGAGAGAGAGAUAUAGAGAGAGACAGCGAGCGAGAGAGAGUAAGAGAGAGAGAGGAGACAGAGAGAGAGAGGGAGAGAGAGACAGCGAGAGAGUAGAUGCGAUUUCUGUUUAGGUGUAUAUACGUGCAUAUAUACAUACAGAUACUACAGGAAUCUCAUUAAGCGUUCGCAGUUUCGUAGCAGAAAUGGUGGUUCCUGGACCUGUUACGGCUGGACAGGUGUCAUUCUUGCUGGGAAUCAUCCCAAUUUUUAUUGCAUGGAUAUAUUCUGAAUGGUUGGAGUACAGGAGGUCUUCAUUUAUAUCAAAAGUUCAUUCAGAUAUUAAUCUUCCUGAAAUGGGGAAUGAAACUGUCACAGAAGAUGAUCGGGUGCUUUUGCUUGAGGGAGGGCUUACAAAGUCAACAUCUGCAAAGCAGAUGACCUCAUCAACUAAAACAAUAUUAAUUAGGUUUCUGACAAUGGAUGACUCUUUUUUGCUAGAGCAUCGAGCAUCUUUGAGAGCAAUGUCUGAAUUUGGUGGAAUUCUUUUCUAUUUUUACAUAUGUGACCGCACAGAUAUAUUUGCUGAUUCAACCAAGAGCUACAGUCGUGAUCUUUUCCUUUUCCUGUUCAUUCUUCUUAUCAUUGUAUCGGCAAUGACUUCUCUCAAGAAACAUCAGGAUAAAUCAUCUUUUUCUGGAAAAGCUUUACUUUACUUGAAUCGGCAUCAGACAGAGGAGUGGAAAGGAUGGAUGCAGGUUCUCUUUUUGAUGUAUCAUUACUUUGCUGCAACUGAGAUAUACAAUGCGAUACGUAUGUUUAUUGCUGCAUAUGUCUGGAUGACUGGGUUUGGAAACUUCUCCUAUUACUACAUCCGGAAAGAUUUCAGUGUUGCACGAUUUGCUCAGAUGAUGUGGAGGCUAAAUUUUUUUGUCGCAUUUGCUUGUAUAGUUCUUAACAAUGAUUAUAUGCUGUACUAUAUAUGCCCAAUGCACACGCUUUUUACUCUAAUGGUGUAUGGAGCUCUUGGAAUUGGCAACAAAUAUAAUGAGAUAAGAUCAGUCAUGAUUUUGAAGAUAUGCACCUGUUUUCUUCUUGUCAUUUUGAUCUGGGAGGUACCUGGAGUUUUUGACCUUCUCUGGUUUCCUCUGACUUUCCUCUUGGAAUACAAUGAUCCAGCAAAACCAGAUCUCCCUCGCUUACAUGAAUGGCACUUUCGGUCUGGACUUGAUCGCUAUAUAUGGAUAAUUGGCAUGAUAUAUGCCUAUUGUCACCCAAAUGUUGAGAAGUGGAUGGAGAAAUUAGAGGAGUCCGAGAUAAAGCGUAGACGUACAAUCAAAACAUGUAUAGUUACAGUCGCCCUAUCCGUUGGGUAUCUAUGGUAUGAGUAUAUUUACAAGCUGGACAAGGUAACAUACAACAAAUUCCACCCCUACACAUCGUGGAUUCCAAUCAGUGUGUACAUUUGCUUGAGAAAUUGCACCCAGGAGAUUCGGAAUUUUUCAUUAACUCUCUUUGCUUGGCUUGGGAAGAUCACUUUGGAAACCUAUAUCUCUCAAUUCCACAUCUGGCUGAGGUCAAAUAUGCCUAAUGGACAGCCUAAAUGGCUUCUCUGUCUCAUUCCAGAUUAUCCUAUGCUCAAUUUCAUGCUUACAACUGCCAUAUAUAUCUUGAUAUCAUGUCGCCUUUUUGAACUGACUAAUACUCUUAAGUCGCUCUUUAUACCAACAAGAGACAAUCGUCAGCUGAUGUAUAACUUCUUUGCUGGAGCUGCAAUUUCAGCCUGUUUGUACUUCAUCGCAUUUAUUCUCGUGCAAAUUAUUACUUAAACCUAUCAACAGGCAUUAGUUGUAAAAGAAGAUAUCUCAUGGACAUACAAAUGGAAUACAAAUAUACCCAAAUUGAUCCAGAUUUUGGUUGUCUUGUUGUACUGACAUGAAUACAUUGAGGAAAAUCCUCACCCAGGGGGGGUGCUAGUCUUACAAAUAUAUGUGCAGUUUAUCCAGUUGAUUUUGGCAGAGGGAAGAUUCUAGGAGCAAACUUAGUCUUCCAACAGUAUACACAAUUUUUGUUAUGAACCUGGAUUCUGCACAUCAUAUUUUUUUUUUUACUUUAAUGUACUCCUCAAUAUUUUCUUUCAAUGUCAAUCAUUGAUUUAAAAAAAACUGCAAACUUGUUUACAAGAAAUGCUAGUCUUGUUCAUAGAGAUGUCAUUUGUGAAUUUGCGAUCUUCCCAAUAGAAGCAUUACAUUCUUUUCUCUC